CGGCGUAGUACCACAGCAGGCCGAGCGUGGUCAUGGGGUACUGGGCGAAGAAGAGCAGGGUACGGAGGAGGCGCGGCAGCGCGGCCGUCUCGUGGCGGUUGGCGCGCAGCAGCUGGAUGUGGAAGGCCGACGAGGGCGAGAAGCUGCUGCUGGACCGCCGCAGCGUGGGGGUGUCAUCGCCGGGGAUGGUGUUGCCGUCUCCUGUCGAUGCCGUGGUGGUGAUGACAUCUUUGAUCUCGGCCAGCACGUCGUCUUCGGCCACGGCCGUGCUGCACUCGGCGGCGAACCAGGCGUCGUCGAACGCGGAGAAGCGGUCUCGGAUCCGCUGCCGCAGCCGGUGGCGCGCUUCUUCUUUGCCAUGUUGGCGAGAGGGGUCGUGGUCGUCGUGGUGGUACUGGGGCAGCGCGAAGUCGGCAAUGUCAAUCUCCCACACGUGCGGCGAGCCCAGGUGUCCGAUGCUGACUCUGCGCAGUAGCUUGGUCGGCAUCUUGGGCUCUUGCAGCGUCAGGGACCCCGUCAGCUCGUUGAUGUACGCCUCGCCGCGCUUGAUCCAUCCCCGCGGCAGCGAGUGUGCAUUGCCUGCGACGGAGCCCGCGGCGGAGCCCGCGCUCGCGGAUUGGGUGCUCGGUGCAGCUGUUGCCGUUUCUGCCCCGGGUGUUGCUGAGGGCCCAUUUCUGGGAACGGUCAAGUGCUUGCCAGAGGCCGCGCCACUUCGCUCCCAGGUCGGAGUCCGUGAGAGGCCCCACGGGUUGCGAAGGAGAGGCGUCGUCUCGUUGGGUCGGUCUCUGGCCCGGGCAGCGUCGAUGUCGUUUUGCUCAGCCAGCAGGUGCCGGAAAUUGAGCCGCAGAACCUGGAACACGGCCCCGUAGUGUCGACGGUCGAGCGCCAUGUCCUCCAGGGCCGUCGAGGGCGCCGCCGUCGUGGUGUCGUCAGCGGUCGAGGGCGCCGUCGUGGUGUCAUCAGCCGCACGAC